AUGGACAAGCUGCCGCCGUCCAUGCGCAAGCGGCUCUACAGCCUUCCGCAGCAGGUGGGGGCCAAGGCGUGGAUCAUGGACGAGGAAGAGGAUGCCGAGGAGGAGGGGGCUGGGGGCCGCCAGGACCCCAGCCGCAGGAGCAUCCGGCUGCGGCCGCUGCCCUCGCCCUCGCCCUCGGCGGCCGCGGGCGGCACGGAGCCCCGGGGCGCGGCCCUCGGGGCGGCGGACGGCGAGGGGCCGGCCCGCGGUGCGGGCAAGUCCAGCACGAACGGCGACUGCAGGCGCUUCCGCGGGAGCCUGGCCUCGCUGGGCAGCCGGGGCGGCGGCGGCGGCGGAGCGGGGGGCGGCAGCAGUCACGGGCACCUGCAUGACUCCGCGGAGGAGCGGCGGCUCAUCGCCGAGGGCGACGCGUCCCCCGGCGAGGACAGGACGCCCCCGGGCCUGGCGGCCGAGCCCGAGCGCCCCGGCGCCUCGGCGCAGCCCUCAGCCUCUCCGCCGCCACCCCAGCAGCCGCCGGCGCCGGCCUCUACCUCCUGCGAGCAACCCUCAGUGGACACCGCUAUCAAAGUGGAGGGAGGCGCGGCCGCCGGGGACCAGAUUCUCCCCGAGGCGGAGGUGCGCCUGGGCCAGUCUGGCUUCAUGCAGCGCCAGUUCGGGGCCAUGCUCCAGCCCGGGGUCAACAAAUUCUCACUGAGGAUGUUCGGCAGCCAGAAAGCCGUGGAGCGCGAGCAGGAGAGGGUUAAGUCGGCCGGCUUUUGGAUUAUCCACCCCUACAGCGACUUCAGAUUUUACUGGGAUUUGACCAUGCUGCUGCUGAUGGUGGGAAACCUGAUCAUCAUUCCCGUGGGCAUCACCUUCUUCAAGGAUGAGAACACCACACCCUGGAUCGUCUUCAAUGUGGUGUCAGAUACAUUCUUCCUCAUCGACUUGGUCCUCAACUUCCGCACAGGAAUUGUGGUGGAGGACAACACAGAGAUCAUCCUGGACCCGCAGCGGAUUAAGAUGAAGUACCUCAAAAGCUGGUUCGUGGUGGAUUUCAUCUCCUCCAUCCCCGUGGACUACAUCUUCCUCAUUGUGGAGACACGCAUUGACUCAGAGGUCUACAAGACUGCCCGGGCCCUGCGCAUCGUCCGCUUCACCAAGAUCCUCAGCCUUCUGCGCCUGUUGCGUCUCUCUCGCCUCAUUCGAUAUAUUCAUCAGUGGGAAGAGAUCUUCCACAUGACCUACGACCUGGCCAGCGCCGUGGUGCGUAUAGUGAAUCUCAUCGGCAUGAUGCUCCUGCUCUGCCACUGGGACGGCUGCCUGCAGUUCUUGGUGCCUAUGCUGCAGGACUUCCCCGAUGACUGCUGGGUGUCCAUCAACAACAUGGUGAACAACUCCUGGGGAAAGCAGUACUCCUACGCCCUCUUCAAGGCCAUGAGCCACAUGUUGUGCAUCGGGUAUGGACGGCAGGCACCCGUGGGGAUGUCGGACGUCUGGCUCACCAUGCUCAGCAUGAUCGUGGGCGCCACCUGUUACGCCAUGUUCAUUGGCCAUGCCACCGCCCUCAUCCAGUCCCUGGACUCCUCCCGGCGCCAGUACCAGGAAAAGUACAAGCAGGUGGAGCAGUACAUGUCCUUCCAUAAGCUUCCGCCCGACACCCGGCAGCGCAUCCACGACUACUACGAGCACCGCUACCAGGGCAAGAUGUUUGACGAGGAGAGCAUCCUGGGCGAGCUGAGUGAGCCGCUGCGGGAGGAGAUCAUUAACUUUAACUGCCGGAAGCUGGUGGCCUCCAUGCCGCUGUUUGCCAACGCGGACCCCAACUUUGUGACAUCCAUGCUGACCAAGCUGCGCUUUGAGGUCUUCCAGCCAGGGGACUACAUCAUCCGCGAAGGCACCAUCGGCAAGAAGAUGUACUUCAUUCAGCACGGCGUGGUCAGUGUGCUCACCAAAGGCAACAAGGAGACCAAACUGGCGGAUGGCUCUUAUUUCGGAGAGAUCUGCCUGCUGACGCGGGGUCGGCGCACAGCCAGCGUGAGAGCCGACACCUACUGCCGCCUCUACUCGCUGAGCGUGGACAACUUCAACGAGGUGCUGGAGGAGUACCCCAUGAUGCGGCGGGCCUUCGAGACUGUGGCGCUGGACCGCCUGGACCGCAUUGGCAAGAAGAACUCCAUCCUCCUCCACAAAGUCCAGCAUGACCUCAACUCAGGCGUCUUCAACUACCAGGAAAAUGAGAUCAUCCAGCAGAUUGUGCAGCAUGACCGCGAGAUGGCCCACUGUGCACACCGUGUCCAGGCUGCCGCCUCUGCCACCCCGACCCCCACACCCGUCAUCUGGACCCCGCUGAUCCAGGCACCGCUGCAGGCUGCCGCUGCCACUACCUCCGUGGCCAUAGCCCUCACCCACCACCCACGCCUGCCCGCCGCCAUCUUCCGCCCUCCCCCAGGCCCCGGGCUGGGCAGCUUCGGGGCCGGGCAGACACCAAGGCACCUGAAGCGGCUGCAGUCCCUUAUCCCUUCUGCCCUGGGCUCCGCCUCACCUGCCAGCAGCCCGUCCCAGGUGGACACACCAUCUUCCUCCUCCUUCCACAUCCAACAGCUGGCUGGAUUCUCUGCACCCGCCGGACUGAGCCCUCUCCUGCCCUCCUCCAGCUCUUCCCCACCCCCUGGGGUCUGUGGCCCCUCCCCAGCUCCCACACCAUCUGCUGCAGCUGCCACCACCACUGCCGGGUUUGGCCACUUCCACAAGGCGCUGGGUGGCUCCCUGUCCUCGUCCGACUCUCCCCUGCUCACCCCACUGCAGCCUGGCGCCCGCUCCCCACAAGCUAACCAGCCGCCACCCCCUCUGCCGGGGGCCAGGGGAGGCCUGGGACUCCUGGAGCACUUCCUGCCGCCCCCACCCUCAUCCAGGUCCCCGUCAUCCAGCCCAGGGCAGCUGGGCCAGCCUCCGGGGGAGUUGUCCCCAGGUCUGGCCGCUGGCCCACCAAGUACGCCAGAGACACCCCCACGGCAGCCUGAGCGGCAGCCCUUCCUGGCAGGGGCCUCUGGGGGGGCUUCUCCUAUAGCCUUUACCCCCCGAGGAGGUCUCAGCCCCACUGGCCACAGCCCAGGCCCCCCAAGAACUUUCCCAAGUGCCCAACCCCGGGCCUCUGGCUCCCACGGUUCCCUGCUCCUGCCACCUGCAUCCAGUCCCCCACCCCCCCAGGUCCCCCAGCGCCGGGGUACACCACCCCUCACCCCAGGCCGCCUCACCCAGGACCUCAAGCUCAUCUCAGCCUCUCAGCCGGCCCUACCCCAGGAUGGGGCGCAGACUCUCCGCAGAGCCUCCCCACACUCCUCUGGGGAGUCCAUGGCUGCCUUCACGCUCUUCCCCAGAGCUGGGGGCGGCAGUGGGGGCAGCGGGGGCCUCGGUCCCCCUGGGAGACCCUAUGGUGCUGUCUCUGGCCAGCACGUCACUCUGCCUCGGAAGACAUCCUCAGGUUCUUUGCCACCCCCUCUUUCUUUCUUUGGGGCAAGAGCCGCCUCUUCUGGGGGGCCCCCUCUGACUGCUGCCCCCCAGAGGGAACCUGGGGCCAGGUCUGAGCCAGUGCGCUCCAAACUGCCAUCCAAUCUCUGAGCUGGGACCCCUCCUCCCUCUCCUCGCUUUUUUUCUCCCUUCAGGUUUAACUGUGAUUAGGAGAUAAUACCAAUAACAAUAAUAAUUAUCAUUUAAAAAAAAACUCACACCAGAAAAACAAAAGACAGCAGAAAAUAACCAGG